GAAGAACCGCAGGAAAGACGGGAGAUGAUGAGCGCAGUAAAAGUGGCGUUUUUGUGCAUAAUGAGGCAGUUUGAGUCAUUUUGAGAAAGAGAAAUAAAAAAACUCAGCAGAGGAGGUAGAAAAGAGGUAGGAAAAGAAAAGGGAGCCGAGCCAAUUGGCAUCAUUUGAGUUAUUCAGCUCAGCUCUAAAACUCUGUCCAGACUCAAAAACCGCCAAGGGCCUCUCGGUAUUGUCAGCACUGUGGAUAGUCUGCAAGAGGAGCACACAAGUCCAGAAGUGAGACGAUUUAUCGCUGGGACUCACUUAUGACAAUGGACUCUUUUAUCCUUCCUGGCUCUAUGCAGCUCUCCAACUAAAUUAUCUUAGUAAUAGCCAACAUUGAGAGCCAGAGCUACUACAGUACAAUGGGCCUGCAGAAUGGAGUAUGAUAUUGACUUCUACAAACACUUUGCUUGGCUUAGAAAGGUAAACCACCAGUCAUCAGACAAUGGUGAGUCCUACCAGGAGCGUUUAUUACGUCUGGAAGGAGACAAAGAAUCUCUCAUUUUGCAGGUGGGUGUGUUGACAGACCAGGUGGAAGCUCAAGAGGUAAAAAUCAGCGACCUGCAGAGUUCGGUGGUGGCGCAUCGGCUCAAACUCAACGCCACAGAAGAGAUGCUGCACCAGGAGCUCCUGCAUAGGACGACACUGGAGAAGCAGAAGCUGAGUCUUAAGGGGGAGGUGUCCUACCUGAAGCUGAAGCUGUCAGACAUGGAGGAUAAACAUGGCCAUGGAGAAGAGAGGCAGCACAAAGCAGAGAGCGUUGUGAAUUUCAUUAGUGAGCUGCAGGAGCAGAUGUGUAGAUUUCAGAAGGAGAUCAAUAGCAAGAUCCAGGAGAAAAAAGCCUCUGAGAACCCAGCUGACAGCGGCUCACCAGCGCCAUGCCCCGCCCCCUCCACGUCCCCCGAGGACUCGCACGCCGACCCCUCGUGUAACACGGCUGCAGAGGGUUUGGUCCAGGAGCUCAAGAUUCUCAAAGACAAAGUGGAACACUUGGAAGAUGAGAAGUUAGAGUACGAGAAAAGACUCAAAGCAAGCAAGGUGGAGAUCAGCAGCCUUCAGCAGCUUCUCCUGAGUAAGAAUGCUGAGAUUGAGAGCUUGCACACUCAGCUGCUGACCAGACCUCCACUAGCUACUGAGAACUCUGAGAAAGACCAGGAGCUGCAAAGAUUUAAAAGCAACAUUAAAUCCCUGGAAGCAGCCAAUGAUGAAAAGGACCGCCGCAUUGAAGAGCUCUCUCUGCUCUUAAACCAGUGCAAGCAAUUCAGAGAUCUGACACACAACGCAAGGCAAGCGCCACCUGCUGGACUCUCCCUGUCGAACGGCAGGACAAAUUCCAGUAGCAGUGAAGAGGAGGAGCAAGGUCUGAGGAAGAAUGCUGAUUCUGCUAGUGCUAAGUCUGAGGAUCUGAAGUCUGAUGGUUCCAUAAACAGUGCUUCCUCUCUUCAAACAUCAAUUUUGUCUCAGAGGGACAGUGAUUGCAGGCGAGAGAUACAGACAUCAUCUAGUAGCUUGACUGACUUAACAACUGCCCAGACUCAAAAGAGGGACACCAGGACUCUGACACUGCCUGUCCGUUCGUCUCCCACAGAGAGCAGCACUGAGCGCCACAGUGAACGAUCGCCUGAUGACAGUGAAGAUGGAGACUCUAGCCAAACCAAGCUGGAGAAAAUGAGCAACUGCACUGGGACAAACAGCCCACCGGGCCAGAGAAAUGUGGGCUCGCCAGAAUACAUGAAGACAAACCGGAGCCUCAAGAGACUUUGGGGAAAACUUCGAAGAACAAAUUCUGGAGGAGUCAAUGCAGGUGACACAGAUACGGGUCCUUUUAGAAGAGGGGGGCUCCGUGCAACAGCAGGACCUAGACUGACCCGUACCCCAGAAUCUCCUGAUUCUGUACAUGACAUGAAUCUCCCAUUCAGCCAAUGGACCAAGGAGCAGGUGUGCGGCUGGUUGGAGGACUAUGGUCUUGGCCACUACCUCAACCUUACAAGACAGUGGGUUGAAUGUGGCCAGACACUACUUUCCGCUACACCUCAGGAUCUUGAAAAGGAGAUGGGCAUGAAGCACCCUCUGCACAGGAAGAAGCUGCAGUUGGCAUUGAAUGCGUUCACCAGUAAAAUGACAGAGAAGUCAGCAGAGCUGGACCACAUCUGGGUUACCCGAUGGCUGGAUGAUAUUGGUUUACCUCAGUAUAAAGACCAGUUCCAUGAAGCCCGCGUGGACGGCCGCAUGAUACAAUACCUCACGGUGAAUGAUCUCUUAAGCUUAAAGGUGGCCAGUCAACUCCAUCAUCUCAGCAUUAAAUGUGCCAUCCACGUCCUCCACGCUAACAAGUUCAACCCCCACUGUCUACGUCGCAGACCUGAGGAAGAGAAACAGCCUUCCCCCUCUGAGGUGGUGCAGUGGUCAAACCACCGUGUGAUGGAGUGGCUUCGAGCAGUCGAUCUUGCAGAGUAUGCACCUAAUCUCAGGGGCAGCGGUGUCCAUGGCGGACUAAUUAUCCUGGAGCCUCGCUUCAGCGCAGAGACUUUGGCCCUGCUCCUAAAUAUUCCCCCGCAGAAAACGUUGCUCCGUCGCCACCUGGCCACAGCCUUCUCUGCCCUGGUGGGGACUCAGGCGACGCAGGAGAAGAGAGAGUACGGCAAUGCUACAGGCCAUGUGCCCCUCACAACCACAUCUAAAGUGAAGCCUAAGAAGCUAGGCUUUACCCAAUUUAGUCACCUCCGGAAGAGGAAACCUGACGAAUCUGCAGACUACAUCUGCCCCAUAGAGGGUGGAUCGUUGACUGUGAACGGGAUUUCAAGGAUGCCUUCCGCAGCACUCAGGGGGAUCAGCCCCAAUUUGGACAGACAGCCAAAUAUGCAGGAGCAUGGCGAAGGAAAGUUAUGGAGGACUAACACAAACAACUGCUAAGAAAAUCACAGUGGUCAUCUUCACACUUUGAGCUCAUAAAAUCCAAAUAUAUGCAUUGCUGGACAGUGUGAAAUGCACAUCAUGUAUUUAUGAAUCACAUAAUGCUUGAACAUGGUUUCUCUGAAAUGAAUGUGUGAAAUGUUAGGUGAAAGCUGCCCCCUGCAUUCCUUUUACAGUUGUUCCAAACAUUUCAAAGGACUUUAAGGACUUUUUAAAAGUGUGUUAUGUGUCGCAUCGAAACAUCUAGUUUUGAUGCUUUGUUCAUAUUUUACAUCUGGAUUCGCUGUGGACUUCUGCAUUGGACAUUUGUGAACAUGGCUUUUUCAGUCGGACACACGCAAAGCCAAAGACAACUACGAGAUCUCCAAGGUAGAGUCAGGGCCAUUUUUCUUCCUCCUGAGACUAACGUUAGCAUUAUGCAUGUUUGUAAAUUGACAGAGUGACAUACAAUGCUGACAACACACACUGACUGUGAGAUCUUUAUUUU